AUGCCGAAGUCCAAUUUGAGGCAACUGGUGAAAGAGGAGAAUCAGUUGAACGCAGCUUUGGCGAAUGUGAAGGAUUUUGUGGAUAAUUUUGAUGCAGUUCGUGACAGUGAUAUGGUUGAAUUACGUUUAGUGAAACUAGAUGAAAUUUUUGAUCGGUUCUGUAUCAUUAGGGUGAACAUAGAUGUGCUUCUAGACGAGACCAGCGAAGAGUUUGAAAGUGCAGCUGAUGACGAUGGUGUUGACAGCGCGAAGAAUGCUCCCGUCGGCGGUGACAGUGUGCAAACAUACAAGAAUUUUGAAAAUUCGUAUUUUCGUUUGAAGUCAGCGUUGCUUGCUAAACGCCCUAGAACGAAAGUAGAGAUUCCUGAACGUCAAGCUGCCUGCCAACCAUCCCGGUUGAAGUAUCCGGAGCUGAAGCUUCCAUCGUUUUGCGGAAAGCUGCAAGAUUGGAUCACUUUCCGCGAUAAUUUCAAAUCGUUGAUUCACGACAACGGUGAUUUGAGUCCAAUCGACAAGUUUAAUUACUUGCGAGCAUCUUUGAGAGAUGAAGCAUUACUUCAGAUCAACCAAGUCCAGGUGAGUGCUGCCACCUACAACAUUGCGUGGAAUAUUCUCGAGGCGAAAUAUGAGAAUCAUAAGCCGAUAGCACACGAACAUCUGAAGGCGCUGUUUUCUGUUCCAGUGAUGAAGUCGGAGUCGUUUGAUGCCCUGAAUAUUGUCCUGAUGACGUUCAAGGUCAAUCUUCAGCAGUUGGAAAAGUUGGGAGAAAACACUGAGAACUGGAGCACAAUUCUAGCAUUCAUGUUGUCGCAGAAGCUAGAUACAGCAACCCUUCGUCAAUGGGAAACUCAUCACAGUUCGAAGAACAUUCCUCAGUAUGAUGCUAUGACUGAUUUUCUGGAGAAGCAUUGCGCAAUUCUGCAUUCUACGUCAGCCCGCAGUUUAAGUGAUCAAAGAAGAUCAUUCAAGAGUUCAGCAGUUCACACGCUUGUUUCUGCUUCAUGUAAUUGUCCAGUCUGCAAUGGUGGACCGCAUAACAUCGAACAGUGUCGUCGUUUUGACAAAAUGAGAGUGAUCGACCGAAAAUUGUUGAUCCGAAGACUUGGACUUUGCUUGAAUUGCUUGUGUUCUGGACAUUUUGUAGCAGAUUGUUCGAGACGUACCUGUGCAAAGUGUGGACAACGUCAUCACCAUCUUUUGCAUCCGUAUUAUCCAUCCGCUUCUAGCACGCAGAACCAAACGUCGAGCAUCCCAAACAGGCCUCAAGUCGCGAACUCAAACGCUCAAUCUCAGUCUCGUCAACAGUCAGUACAGCAUUCGCAAUCGCAUCAAUCCCGGAUGAAUAAUACUCAAAUAUCUCCACAAACACCCGUCCAAACCACCACUCCACCACAUACACGACAGCCACCUCCCACAAAAACACCAACUAUUUCUCACCACACUGCUACCUCACACAAUGUUCGUAGCCAGCGAAGCACCACACUUUUGUCAACCGCUCUCGUGAAACUCGCCGAUCGCUUCGGAAAUACGGUCAUCGCUCGUGCAUUGCUGGAUAACGGUUCUCAAAUAUGCAUGAUAACAGAGAACCUGUCUCAAAGGUUGAAUUUCAAGCGUUCACACGAGAACUUGCCUGUGAAAGGUGUUGGUGAUUCUAUGACAGUGUCGAAACAAUCGGUGUUAGCGAGGAUCCUGUCACGUUAUUCUUCAUUCGAAACCAAGGAUGUGAAAUUUUAUGUGUUGCCUCGAAUUACUGUGAAUCUGCCGCAGACAACUAUUGACAUCAGUUCCUGGAAGCUGCCAUCAGACAUCUGCCUAGCUGAUCCAAGGUUCCACGAAUCCAGUGCGAUAGAUGCAGUCCUUGGCGUAUCAGUUUUCUACGAGUUGCUGCUGAGUGAGCAGUUGAAACUAUCGGAUUCUGGUCCGAUUUUACGAAACACCGAACUGGGUUGGAUAGUUGCUGGAGAAAUAACUGAUAGUCCAGACACCACGUUCAGCGCUGUUACAGUCUCAGUCACCACAGAAGAGAUACACGAGCAGUUAGCACGUUUUUGGGACUUGGAGUCAUGCCGAACGAAGAGCUGUCUUUCCGUCGAAGAAUCUACGUGUGAAUCGAUUUUCGAACAGACGACAACGAGAGACGCUGAUGGAAAAUUUCGAGUGGUGCUACCGAAGAAGCAGUUCAUGAUGGAACAUUUGGGAAGGUCGAAGGAGAUAGCAACCAAACGGUUCAUGGGCUUGGAGCGCCGUCUGACUGCAAAUCCAGAAAUGAAGGCUCUCUAUACUGAAUUCAUCCACGAGUAUUUACUGAUGGGCCAUAUGCGAGAAGUACGUAAGGAGGAGGAAGAACCUAUCCACAGCUAUUAUUUGCCACACCAUGCAGUCAUGAAACCGGACAGUACGACAACGAAGCUCAGAGUUGUUUUUGACGCCUCAUGUGCUACAGAUUCUGGAGUUUCCCUGAACGACACACUGAUGGUAGGACCGGUGGUCCAAGACGAUUUGCUGUCAAUACUUCUUCGUUUCCGCCUCCAGAAGUACGCUAUAGUCGCUGACGUAGAGAAAAUGUAUCGAAUGAUCAACGUAGUCGAACAAGAUCAGCCAUUGCAAAGGAUUCUUUGGCGAGAGUCCGUCGAUCAGCCAAUUCGAACGUAUCAGUUGAGUACAGUGACUUACGGCACUUCGUCAGCGCCGUACUUAGCAACUCGAAGUCUGAAUAAGUGUGCCGAAGAAGGAGAACAGGCGUACCCUGCAGCAGCCAAGGUCGUAAAGCGCAAUUUCUAUGUCGAUGACAUGCUAACUGGUGCGAAAUCUGUCAAGGAAGGACAAAGCCUUUGUCGCGAUAUUUCGUCGCUACUCAGUUCUGCUGGUUUCAAUCUCCGGAAGUGGCACUCUAAUCAGCCAGCAAUCUUAAAGGCAAUUCCAAGUUAUUUGCGAGACAAGCGAGAACUUUUAGACAUCGAUUCGUCGUCCACGGUGAAGACCCUUGGACUAUGUUGGGAGCCAGCUACGGAUAAGUUCUGGUUCAAAAUGCCACUCUGGAAGCAGUCGUUACCUAUUACGCAACGUAUCGUUCUUUCUGACUCCGCUCGUUUGUUCGAUCCGUACGGAUUAGCAGGGCCAGUGAUUGUGCAGGCGAAGAUGUUUCUCCAAGAGCUUUGGAAAAAGAAGUAUUCUUGGGAUGAACCGUUGAGCGCAGAUCUGCAGUCACAAUGGCUACAGUUCCGGACAAAUUUGGAUCGACUGGAUGCAGUUUCCGUUCCCCGCUGGAUUCCAUUCGACGAUAAUGUGAUUUCAAGUGAGCUACACGGAUUCUGUGACGCCUCGGAGAAAGCAUACGGAGCAGCAAUCUAUCUGCGAUGUGUUACACGAGAGGGCAGUACUACAGUUCGUCUGCUGAUGGCUAAAUCCAAGGUAGCGCCUUUGGAGGACUUAAGCAAGAAGAAGAAACGACAAUCGAUACCACGACUAGAGUUGUCAUCAGCCCUGCUGUUAGCGCAUUUGUACGAGUCAGUAGCAGAGAGCAUUCAGAUUCCAGCGAGAACAUACUUCUGGACUGAUUCCAUGAUCGUGAAGUGCUGGCUUUCGUCUCAUCCGUCCAGAUGGCAAAUAUUUGUCGCCAACAGAGUAUCGGAAAUACAACACAUCACCAGAGAAGGUAUUUGGAAUCAUGUACCUGGAGUUGAAAACCCGGCUGACAUUAUUUCGCGUGGUGUUACACCAGUACAGCUAGCCGAGAGUUCUGUUUGGUGGAAUGGGCCUGAGUGGCUUCAAGAGGAUUCCAGUACAUGGCCGAAGAUGAGCGAUGACACAGUACAGCAGUUUGAUUCAAUUACGCUUGAGGAAAAGCCGUUGGUGACAGCAGCACUGCAGGUACUACCGACUAGUGAAAUGUUUAUCCGGUAUUCAUCAUUGCUCAAAUUGAUUCGUUCAACGGCUUGGAUACGUCGUUUCGUAUUCAACUGUAAAGUUGCUAAUCGUGAUCUCAGAAGAAUUGGAGUUCUCAGUGUGAAGGAACAUGAAGAAGCUCAAAUAGCGUUGGUAAAAAUGGCUCAGUCGGAAUGCUUUCCUGUCGAAUUAUCAGAUCUGGUUGCAAAGGGUGAAGUGAAAACAAGCUCAAGAUUACACACGAAGGAUCCACAGUUGAGAGAUGGUUUAAUUCGUGUUGGCGGAAGACUUCGUCACGCAUCAGUGUCGUCUAGCCGUAAACAUCCGAUUGUUCUGGACAGCAACCAUCCAUUGACGAAAUUGAUCAUGGUAGAUUACCAUCACAGACUGCUUCAUGGUGGAGCUCAACUUAUGCUUUCCUGUAUGAAAGAGAGAUUUUGGCCACUGUCAGGCAGAAACUUGGCACGUAAGGUAGUGCACGAAUGUGUGACCUGCUUCAGAGCUCGUCCACAAGUCCAUGAACAACUGAUGGGCGACCUCCCGAUGGAACGAGUGACACCAGCUCCUGCCUUUAUUCGUGUUGGAAUGGAUUAUUGCGGUCCGUUCAAUGUGCGACAAGCGUCGCGCAAGAUGGCUACAGUUAAGUGUUACCUGUGCGUAUUCGUCUGUCUAGUAGUCAAGGCAGUUCAUGUAGAGAUGGUAGCUGAUCUCACAACUCAGGCAUUCCUGGCUGCCCUGAGAAGAUUUGUCGCACGACGUGGGAAGCCCGAAGUGAUCUUCUGUGACAAUGCUACGAACUUUGUUGGAGCGAGACGAGAAAUCAGUGAGUUACAUCGGCUAUUCAGAGCAGAACAGUUUCGGAACAAGGUAGUUUCGGAAGCAGCCAACGACUCGAUAGAGUUCAAGUUCAUUCCUGCCAAAUCCCCGAACUUCGGUGGAUUAUGGGAAGCUGCAGUUAAGUCGCUCAAGGGACACAUGAGAAGAGUCAUCGGUAAUACCGUUCUCCGUUCAGACGAGCUGCAGACUGUUGUAACGCAGAUCGAGGCUUGCCUCAAUUCGAGACCGAUUACUCCGAUCAGCAACGACCACAGAGAUCUGGAAGCGCUGGAAGAUGGUCAACAGAUUAUUUGUCGGACCUUCACAACCGAAACAAGUGGACGAGGAGAAGAGACAACUUGCACAUUGGAACGAUGGUCCUACUGA